AAAAUGUUAAAAAGUGUGGCGGAAAAGUCUGAUGUGAACACUGUGGCCCGGAGCUUAAUUGUCACAGGACAACGACUUUAGUGAUGCAGCAUUUGCACCGGAAACACCUGGUAGUGGUAACCGUACCUCACACGUAAUGGAGAACAGCGGCUGCUACCACAGAGAGCGAGAGGCUGAAACCCAGAUGAACACGAACGUCUUUGUGGUUCCAUCUGCUGGACUUCAGUAAAACAAUCCUCCGUCACAGACGCAGUGAAGACGUGACGUGAUGACAGCGCUGAUGAGGCCCGGGACUAGAUAUUACACAUCUAUUACACAUAGGCAGAGGAAGUUUCCUUGUCAUCCGUGGUGUCUGUGUUUCACCUCGUCUGACCCCCCGACUCUGCUCCUGUCAACACCGAGAAAGACAACAAGACGAGCCACCGGAGUGUGACGUCACAGUAAAGAUGGCGCUGCCCGUGCGGACCAAGUGCAGACAUGUCUUCCGAUUCAUUCGGCUUUUAAAUCCUUCUCAGAGGUCUUAUUGUGCUGGAGACAGUAAUGGGAACGUGUCGACCAUUAAGAGCCCUCCAAACGGACGAGUGUUUUCCGGGAUUCAGCCAACUGGGGUGCCCCACUUGGGCAACUACCUUGGUGCCCUUGAAAACUGGGUGGCGUUGCAGGACCAGUAUCCGUCGGUUCUCUACAGCAUUGUGGAUCUACACUCCAUAACUCAGCCCCAGGAACCGGCCCGGCUCAGGAACAACAUACUGGACAUGGCAGCAAGUCUGCUAGCCUGUGGCAUCGAUCCAGAGAGGGCCAUACUGUUCCAGCAGUCCAAGGUUUCAGCUCACGCUGAACUUUCCUGGAUUCUGGGCUGUUUGACCAGCAUGCCCCGCCUCCGACACCUGCCACAGUGGAAGAUGAAGAGCAAACAGAAGAACGAAGGCAGCGUGGGUCUCUUCACGUAUCCUGUUCUCCAGGCUGCAGAUAUUCUGCUGUACAAGUCCACUCACAUCCCUGUUGGAGAAGAUCAGGUCCAGCACCUGGAGCUGGCCCAGGAUCUGGCCCGCAUUUUCAACAACAGAUACGGAGAUGUGUUCCCUGAACCUCGAGCGCUGCUGAGUUCCACUCGAAAGGUCAAAUCCCUUCGAGACCCUUCUGCUAAAAUGUCCAAGUCCGAUCCUCACGCCGGAGCCACCAUCAGUAUCACAGACUCUCCCGACGACAUCGCUUUCAAAAUCCGCCGUGCCGUCACCGACUUCACCUCGGAGGUCACGUUCGACCCGGAGACACGACCUGGCGUCUCCAACCUGGUGACCAUCCACUCGGCCACGGCCAGGAUCAGCUUGGAGGAGGCCGUGUCUCAGGCCAGAGGCCUGGACACAGGAGCGUAUAAACAGCUCGUAGCUGAAGCCGUCAUCCAACGGCUGACUCCCAUCAGGGAGGAGAUCCAGAGGCUAAAGUCUGACGCUGCUCACCUCGAGUCGGUUCUGUCUCGUGGGAACAGCAGGGCGCAGGAACUGGCCGCUUCGGUCCUCAGUGAGGUCCAACGCUGUGUGGGAUUCAGCUGAGAGGAGUCUGGGCUGCAACACAAAGCCAGAGUCAGAGAGGGAGCCUCUGAUCGGGACUUUAUGGCCACUGAUAUUUAAGAUUUUUUUUUUCCACAGAGUGUUUACAUGGAGGAUGUAAUGCGUUUAUGAUAAAAGGUGUUGAAAGCAGCCUGGAAAGACUCACACGUCUGUCAUGUUGAAACUCAAGUCUCAUCUGUGAGGAACACAUGGACUGAUUGAAAUGAGUGAUGAGCCUGUGUCUCAUGGUGCAGAGUUAAAGGGCUACUUCGGAUUUUUCCUUUGGUAGAAAAAAAGGACAAAUUUCCUCUUUUUAAAAAAAAUUGGAAAUCAUAAUUCCUUAAACUGAGGUUUCUGCACCAACAUUAAUAUUAGAACUGAAAAAAAUCUGUUUAUCUCUAGAACAAAAAGACAAAUAACAGCAGCUGGAUGUCUGUGUUUCAUACCUGUUUUUAUUUCUCACUCAUCAUGGAAUUAUUGAUAUUUAAAAAGGUAAUAUCGAACAUUUAGCGGAGACUCAUUACAUGUCUGACACAGGCUGGACCCCUGACCUGAAGUUCGAACACGUCCUGUGUGUAAUCACCAUAAUCAAUCAACAGGUGGUCCUCGACUUAUGUCAGAAUCCUGUUCUUGCGGCACGACAUAACUCGAUUUUCGUGGUAAGUCGGAACUCAUACUGUAGUGUACAUCAGUAGUGUACACUCUGUAAGUACCUAUGUCACUCACCUACACUAACACUGUAGAAACAUCAUAAUCUAGAUCAGAAGAUUCACACUUACGUCUGGGAGCCAAAAUGAAGGACGAAAAGUUCCCAAAAAUAAUAACGCAAACAUACGUAGAUAGGUUUAGCCGCGUGAUGACGCAUUCGUCCGCUCCGUUUGUCAACUAGUUCCUGUUCAAAUAAAUAAAUAAAUAACGCCAAACGUUAGAAUGAUGAAACAAGAUUUUCUCAAUACAUUUGCGGGAGAUGGUGACGUAACCGCGAAACUCUGUCUAUCCAAGUCAUCGUAAAGUGCAGACCUGGAGUUAGGUUGUGAAAACAAUAUUUAAAAUGUUUUUUUUUGCCUGCAUUAAAAUGUUAUCGUCCAUACAAUUAAAAACUAACCUAACAACAACUGCAGUCAUUUUAUUUAAAAGAUAUUUAAAAAAAUAAUGAAAACGCCUUUUAUUUAUGUAUAUUUUAUAAUCUCUUUCUUUUCAGUGGUCCAGUCCCAGAGGUGAACUUCUGGUCCAGGUACUUUAGAGGAGUGUGAAUCUGGAUGGAUGUGUCUCCACAGCAGUGAUUUCCAACUACUGUGUGAUGAAGUCUCGCCAGCCUGAACAGAACUAUUUAUGUAUUGCACACGAUGUAUUUAUUUUGCGCCAUAUUCCCAUUCAUCAAUGAGGAACGACGUGACGUCUGUUUUGUGAUGACCUGAGGAAACUAAUUAAUCCCUCGGCGCCAGAGGUUCGAUUCCAGGCCUAGUCUGUUCGUAUGGAUCCCUGCUGCUGGAUCAGGAAAACCAGAGGGUCAAAGGCAGCAGCAGCAGCAGCAGCAGCAGCAGCAGCAGUAAAGGUAGUAUUUCCCUGUCCAAUGCUUGUUCCUGAAGAAUGUUUAAAACUGUAUUUAUUUUUCUACAAAAAUAUACUCCGUGGUUCGCUCACCUCCGGCCCGUGCGCC